GCCAGUGACGUCAGCGAGCCUGAGCAGCUAGAGCUGAGCUGGGGGCCGGGGGUCGGGGAUCCGGGAGAACCGAGUUCCGAGAGCAGAGCCUGGAGAGCAGAGCGCGGCGGGUAUCCCCCCGGAGCCGGAGCCCCUCAGGCACCUGGUCGCCCGCCCACUCAAUCCACGCACACAUAGUGGCCCGAGAGCCCCUGCCCUGGCCCCCGUCCCUCCUCGGGCCCCCCAUGGCCUGGGCCGCAACCCUCCAGCCGUCGAAAUUGUCGCCGACGCUGUCGCUGUUGCUGCUGCUGCUGCUGCUGCUCCGGGAAAGCGGAGCCCAGGAUGUGCAGGUCCGCGUACUGCCCGAGGUACGGGGCCGCCUGGGGGAGACCGUGCAGCUGCCGUGCCACCUGCUGUCCCCGGCCUCCGAGGUGUAUGUCUCACAGGUAACGUGGCUGCGUCUGGAUGCAGCCGGCAGCAGCCAGAGUGUGGCCAUCUUCCACCCCUCCUACGGCCCCAGCUUCCCCAGCCUGGGGCCCGGCAAGGAGCGGCUGUCCUUCCUCGCGGCUGGGCAGGGCCCCUGGGCCGGGCAGGGCAGUGACCUGAAGCUGCGGGAUGCCACGCUGUCCCUCGAGAGGCUCACGGUGGAGGACGAGGGCAACUAUACCUGCGAGUUCGCCACCUUCCCCCUGGGCAACAGCCGGGGGAUGACAAGGCUCAGAGUGAUAGCCCAACCCCAGAACCACGCCGAAGCCCAGGAGGUCACGCUCAACCUGGAGCCCGUGCCCGUGGCCCGCUGCGUCUCCACUGGGGGCCGCCCGCCCCCCCGCAUCUCCUGGUUCUCGCCCCUGGGUGGGGAGGCCACCGACAACCAGGUGCCAGGGCCCCUGCCCGGCACAGUCACCAUCACCAGCCGCUUCACCCUGGUGCCCUUGGGCCGGGUAGAUGGCGAGAAGGUCACCUGCAAAGUAGAGCACGAGAGCUUCGAGGAGCCAGUCCUGCUGCCUGUGACCCUCUCCGUGCGCUACCCCCCUGAGGUCUCCAUCUCCGGCUAUGAUGACAACUGGUACCUUGGCCGCACCGAGGCCACCCUGAGCUGUGACGUCCGCAGCAACCCAGAGCCCACAGGCUAUGACUGGAGCACGGCCUCAGGCAUCCUCCCAGCCUCCGCAGUAGCCCGUGGUCCCCAGCUGGCCAUCCACCCCGUGGACAGAGCGGUCAACACCACCUUCAUCUGUACGGUCACCAACGCCAUGGGCACGGGCCGUGCUGAGCUGGUCGUCCUCGUCCGAGACACCCCCAACACCGCGGGCGCGGGGGCCACGGGCGGCAUCAUCGGGGGCAUCAUCGCCGCCAUCAUUGCCAGUGCUGUGGCCGGCACGGGCAUCCUCAUCUGCCGGCAGCAACAGAAGGAGCAGAGGCUGCACGGGGCGGAGGAGGAAGACGACCUGGAGGGGCCUCCCUCAUACAAGCCACCGACCCCAAAGGCAAAGAUGGAAGAGAUGGAGAUGACUUCCCAGCUCUUCACCCUGGGGGCUUCGGAGAACAGCCCACUCAAGACCCCCUACUUCGAUGCCAGCGUCUCAGGCACUGAGCAGGAAGUGCCUCGAUACCACGAGCUGCCCACCCUGGAAGAACGAUCAGGGCCCCUGCUCCUGGGGGCCACCAGCCUGGGGGCCCCCAUCCUGGUGCCAUCAGGGCCGCCAGCUGUGGAGACAGUUGCCGUGGAUCUACAGGACGAAGACGAGGAUGAGGAGGAAGAGGACUACCUGGACAAGAUCAAUCCCGUCUACGACGCCCUGUCCUAUGCCAGCCCCUCUGAUUCCUACCAGGGCAAAGGCUUUGUCAUAUCCCGGGCCAUGUACGUGUGAGCCACCACAGCCUGGGGCUCUUGCCUCUCACCUUCUGAUCCCUCAACUUUCUACCAGGGAUAUGAUACCCCUGACCUCUGGCCAGGCCACUGUCUGUCAACACACAUAUCUCAUCUGUGACUUCUACCUUGAUGGCUCCACCAUGACCUUUAAUCCGUGAUGUCUGACCCAGAGAAACCCACCGUGACAACGGAAACCUGGUAACCUUAUCCCAUGAGGCAGGGGAUACGGGAGUAUGUUUCUGCACAAUCUCUGAUCCAAGGAGUCCUCUCAACAACUGUGGCCUUACACCAUACUUCUCAUCUACCCACCAAUGUCUCCAGACUCCCCCACAAUCUCAAAGAACAUUCCAGACCUCCAUUUGCCCUCAGGCCAUAAACCCCAAUAGCUCUGCUGGGGUGGGUGUUGGGGGGCUCCCUGCUGCUCAGACCUGAGCCCUCCAGGCAGCAGAGCCUCAUUUGCCCCCUCCUCAACCUUGUCUGCUCCUUGAAGGCAGAAGGAGGGGGUUCCGCCAGCCCAAGACAUCUUCCCCAUCUCCGCCCUCCUGCAGGCAGGAGUGUCAGGGUCCAGACGCUUCCCUGAACCCCACCAACUCAAUUCCUGUCCAUGGGGCAUGGAGCCCCAGCCCAGGGCUAAAUGGGGUGAGCCCUGGGCAGAGUGCCUUGACAGCCUUGGGAGAAGAAUUUGCUGUUACCUUGAAGACUACUGAGCCCUUUUACCUCUUCCCAGUGGGAUGGGGACCCAAAAUCCCCCUGGGAGAAAAGUGGGUCACUUGGGUUGGGGUAGCAUUUCCUACAAAAUAUUAAUUUAUACUUUGA